UGCAGCAUCUCGCCAGGCACAAUCUUUCAUGGGGUUGCUUUGGCUUCUUUCAUUUCUACAUUCUUCUCUUUUUGGAGAUGAGGUUUUGGAAGAGCUCAGGAUGUCUGGGUCAACAUCUUCUUACGACCACCUUGUAAAGCAAGUCGAGGCACUGAGGAAGGAGAACUCCCACCUUCGGAGAGAGUUGGAGGACAACUCCAGCCAUCUAUCUAAGUUGGAGACGGAGACUUCAGACAUGAAGGAAAUGCUGAAGCAUCUUCAGACCAAGCUGGAGCAAGAGGCUAGCAACUUGGCUUCUACUGGAAGGACUGAAAUUCUGGACCAGCUGAAAGAACUGAACACCGAUAUUGCCAAUCUGUGUGACAUAAAGUGGCAAUCAAACAUGGUGUGCUCAGGACAAAGCACAUUUACGUCGGACCACACAGCUGAAAGGAACCUGGUACAUCCUAGAGCACCACAGGUCCAAGAUAACUUACCAGUGGCACAUGGAAAGAUGCAGCAUCUGGCAGAACUUAAUGAAGAAAGGGCUCUGCUUCUUUCUGAGAUUGAAAAGGAAGAGACGGAGAAAGCCUUUUAUAGCGCUCAGAUCCAGAAUCUCAGCAAGCGAGCAGAUGAACUGUCACAAAUCAGAAGUGUUUCAAAGCACAUGGAUUUAAUUCGUCAACAGCUACAGUAUGAAGCCCAUCAAAUCAAAGCCAUUAUUGAGGAGAGAUACGGUGCAGGUGACAACACAACUGAACGACUCCAGUUGCGAAUGAACAGGAUUCAAGAGAUUGAAAAGGAGAUUCUUCAGUCCCAGCAGAAAGUGCAGGAGACCGAGACUGAGGGACGUGGAAAAUCAAAUGAUCAGGACGCGGAAAGCACAAUGAAUAAUUUACCUCAAGGACUAAACAACUUGGGCAGUAAGGUGGAGAUGGUGUUCUGGCUCCUCUCCAUGCUGGCGACUCGCGACAAGGAUGACAUGUCCAGGACCUUGCUCGCCAUGUCCAGCUCCCAGGACAGCUGUGUCGCCAUGCGCAAGUCCGGCUGCCUCCCCCUGCUCAUCCAGCUCCUGCACGACAGCGAGCGAGACACGGGGCCGGCCCGGAAUUCCAGCAGCAACAAGGAGGCUCGAGCCCGGGCCAGCGCUGCGCUUCAUAACAUCGUGUACUCCCAACCCGACGAGGGGCAGGCCAAGAGAGAAAUGCGGGUUCUACACGUGCUGGAGCAGGUGCGCUUGUACUGCGAAACGUGCUGGGAAUGGCUGGACUCCAACAGACCAGGCAACGGCUCGGAAUCUAACAACUUGCCAUUGCCCAUAGAACCUCAGAUCUGCCAGGCAAUGUGUGCAAUAAUGAAGCUGUCCUUCGACGAAGAGUACCGACGGGCUAUGAAUGAGCUUGGAGGACUGCAGGCAGUUGCCGAGUUGCUUCAAGUUGAUUGCGACAUGUACGGGGCCACCAGUGACCCUUUGAAUUCAGCCCUACGUCGGUAUGCGGGGAUGGCCCUGACCAACCUCACCUUUGGAGAUGUCGUCAAUAAGGCGACAUUAUGCUCCAGAAAAGGCUGCAUGCAAAGUAUCGUGGCCCAGUUAGAGUCAGAAAGUGAAGACAUACAUCAGGUUGUGGCGAGUAUUUUGAGGAACCUUUCAUGGAGAGCAGAUGUCAACAGCAAGAGGAUCCUACGGGAAGUUGCGAGCGUCAGUGCACUGAUGCGGUGCGCCCUCAAAGCAAAAAAGGAAUCAACACUCAAAAGCCUGCUGAGUGCCCUCUGGAACCUGUCAGCUCACAGCACCGAGAACAAAGUCGCAAUCUGUUCUGUUGAAGGGGCACUGAUUUUCCUCGUGGGUACUCUGACCUAUAAAUGUCAGAGCAAUUCACUUGCCAUUAUUGAGAGUGGUGGGGGUAUUCUACGGAAUAUUUCCAGUCUUAUUGCAACAAAUGAAGAGUACAGGCAAAUUCUCCGUGACUACAACUGCCUGCAGACCCUCUUGCAACAUUUGAAGUCCCACAGUUUGACCAUUGUCAGCAAUGCUUGUGGGACCCUGUGGAACCUUUCAGCUCGAAACUCAAAGGACCAGGAACUGCUGUGGGACCUGGGGGCUGUCAGCAUGCUGAGGAACCUGAUCCAUUCCAAACACAAGAUGAUAGCGAUGGGAAGUGCAGCUGCCCUGAGGAACCUGUUGACUAACCGCCCAGCGAAGUACAAGGAUACCACCAUGAUAUCCCCGGGCUCUUGCAUGCCCUCUUUGUACAUGAGGAAGCAGAAAGCUCUGGAGGCCGAGCUCAAUGCUAAACAUUUAACAGAGACUUUCGACAGCAUUGAGAAACUUAGCCCAAAGCAUUCCAAUAUCAACAAGCCGCUUAGACACAUUGAAAGUCUGGCCAAGGACUAUGCUUCAGACUCUGGAUGCUUUGAUGAUGACGAGGGUCCCAAUAUACCAACUGGAUUAGAAACUGGAGGGCUGUCCAUGUUGUCCAUGUAUCUCAACUCCUCCUUCCUUCAAGGGCAAGCCGUGUCCCGGUGCCGUAGUACUGGAAGAUGCUCCGAGUCAGAAAGGGAUCUUGACGGGAAACAAAUGGAUGCUCAGAAAUUCAAUCCUGCCACUGACAAUGUGUCGAUUGCUGCAGAGAGACUGGUCAACCAAAUAUCCACCACUGUGGCCAGAAUUGACAAGAUAGUGGAAGAUAUGUCGAACAUGCACACCUCCUCAGAAGACAGCUUCAGCCUUAGCUCAGAAGAUCAGUGCCUCGACUGGCAGUCUGCCUUAGAUGACCUGAAUGAACCCAGGACAAAGUCUUCAUCACCCCGUCACCUUGCAGACACUGUUAACUUAGGGAGACGGGAGACUCGUGGGAAAAUGCAAGGCAUCUUGGGUGCCAGGACAGACUACGCCAACUUAUCAAGUGAUAGUCUGGAGUGUUCUAAUAGCACUGGUGAAGUUGACACAAAAAAUCACAUGAGCUCAUCCAAGGAAUCCUCAAGUACAGAGCAGAAGGAAGAACUUCCUAUGUAUCAGAAAAGACCGACUAAUCUGGAGCUAAAGAAUGGAGAGAGCCAUCAGAUGGAUAGAAAAGAUUCUGAUGGACAGCCAAGUUCCAGAGAAUCCGGUACUUCAUGGAAUGAUGUCUGGGGGUUAAGAAAAGCUGAUGAGAUAAGCAAGAAACAAUUUUCACCCCUUUAUGAAAGGACCCACAUGUCUUCGGUCACAACAAGAAGCAGUCCUAGCCCAAGCCCAGGAAAUUCCCUGACCCCUCAGAGUUCAUCGAGCAGAAAACAGGCGUGGGUGCAUCCUGGGCUUUCACAGAGUACUAGAGAUUUGAGUCAAGGCCUCUCCAGCACAUCUGCUUGUACACCGGUCUCCAAUGACCAGGAAACUUUACAAACUUACUGUGUGGAAGAUACCCCAAUUUGCUUUUCACGUUGCAGUUCAUUGUCAUCCCUAUCAUCUGCUGAAAAUGCUCUGGAUGUACAAAUUGGUAGUGAAAAUGAUGUUGACAGUGAUUCUUCCCUGGAAAUAAUUGGCAUAGAGAAAGAAUCACCACUGUCAGCCGAAAAGCCUAUAAGUGAUGAGUCUAUAGCCACAGAAGAGAUGCAGCUCAAGUCCAGUGAUCAUUCAUUUAGCAUUGCAUCCCAGCCUAUUGAAAUACCUUGUCCAAAGCAUGAAAAAUUUUUGAUAAGGAAAAGAGCUGCUUCCAGAAAUAUGGAUUCCAGUCCUUCGAGUCCGUCUGACAAUUAUUUGCAAGAAACCCCGCUGGUUUUAAGCCGGUGUAGUUCAGUCAGUUCACUUGGAAGCUUUGAAAGUCCAUCAAUAGUCAGUUCCAUUCAAAGCGACCCCUGCAGUGAAAUGGUAAGCGGUACAAUCAGCCCUAGUGAUUUACCCGACAGCCCCGGGCAAACCAUGCCUCCAAGUAGAAGUAAAACCCCAUUGCUGGACCAGUUGGAAAAAGAUGCCAGCCAAGCCAAUAACCAAUGGGACAGUGAGAUGAAGAAACACAUGGAUAUCAAUGAAUUCAAGGAGCGUUUCCAACUUCCUCCAGACAUUGACACAAUGUUGUACUUCACGCUGGAGAAACCAAAUGAAAACUUCUCAUGUGCGUCAAGCCUAAGCGCGCUGACCCUUCAUGAGCCCUAUAUACAGAAGGAUAUUGAACUAAAGUUGAUGCCUCUUCUCCAAGAAAAGAGCUGUUUCAACUGUCUGGCACAAGAAAAGAGAGAAGACAUCAGGGAGGAACGGAGCGCUGAUGGAAUGGAGAAAACUGACAAGUUGGAUAGCAUCUUGGAGAACUCUGACGACGACAUUGAAAUCCUGAAAGAAUGUAUAAACUCUGCGAUGCCAACCAAGUUCAGAAAAGUGAAGACCUCACUCAUUUCCGGCUUGUCCACUCAAGUGUUGCAAUCGAAGAAGUCGCUCCCGCUGCCCGUUUACAUGCUGCUGCCAGCUCAUUCUCAGCUGGAUCCAGCUGGGCACAGCACCUCCAAAACUGACACCCUCAGAGAAGAUUCCUCAUACUCAGAUUCUGUUGAAGGUACGCCGGUCAACUUUUCCAGCUCAGCCUCUCUCAGUGACGAGACACUGGAGUAUCCUCAAAGGGAGUCUCCCACCGUGGCAAAAGUUCAACCUGAAAUAACUGAGAGAAGAGAACUGAUUCCUGCGGAAGGACACAACACUGAUGACCUAGAAGUGCCAAUAUCGAUCAGAAUGCAUGAUAAAAGCCUUGAACAAGGGAAUAAAUACAAUUUAAAUAGAAACGAAGUGUGUCCCCAUUCCAGCUCAAUCCCAAGAGCUCAAUUGCAUUUUAAUGUCAACCAAAGGGAGGUUCCUAAAAGAAAUCAGAACUCUCUACCUCUGCAACAGUGUCAAAGCCACAAUGUUUCUGGAUUCCAGUCAGGAUUGACUACAAAGGUCUUAAGGAAGGAACAAAGUACACCAAGGCACCUGGUGAAAUUGGAUAAAAAGGAAGACAAUUGUAAGAGUGCAGACGAUGGUGAGCAAAGAAUGGACAUUUCUGGUGGAGAAUACAUUCAUGGAAACUAUGCCUUUCAGUCCAUGCGCCACACUACUCCCACUGAAGAGGCUGUUUAUUGCUUUUAUGAAAAUGAAUCUUUAGAUAGGUUAGGUGUCUCAAAACAGAAAAACGGGCUGAAAAAUGACUAUGAGGAAAAUGUCAUCAACCAAAACAUAGAAACAAAGAAUGAACCAAACCACAACUAUAAGACAACUACAAAGUUCAAAAAUGCUGGUGUAGUCAGUAAGAAUGAGCGGGCGCUAAUUACAGAUGAAAGCCCGCUUUGCUUCUCCUUUAGUUCCUCGCUGAGCUCGCUGAGUGACGUGGAGUUGGAGGACUUUCAAACGAAGACUCGCAAGUCAUUUGUAAAAUCGAGGAAAAAGUCUCAAAGUUCCACUUCCAAAUCUUUCAGCAAUGGAUACUCAUCCAUGCCAACAACAAGGGAUAGCUCCCCAAGCUCACUGAGUUAUGAUUCAGAAGACGAUCUCCUGCAGAAAUGCAUCAGCUCAGCAAUGCCAAAGAAGAGGAAACAUUCUUCAAAGCAGAAAUCUGAGAAGUCUGCAAAGCAAAGCCAAAAGGGUAACGCGCAAACCCACACUGGUGUGAACAUUGCCUGGGAUUUGCAGCAGAGGAACGAUACAAGCCGAGACCUUUGCAGCUCGUUGUCAGAUCUGACAUCUCCUGACCUGGAAAGUAUCGAGUGGAAAGCUAUUCAAGAAGGUGCCAAUUCCAUAGUCACUAGUUUGCAUCAGGCAGCAGCCUGUCUUUCAAGAGAACCUUCCUCAGAAUCGGAUUCUAUUCUAUCGUUUGUGUCAGGGUUGUCCAUUGGGUCAACACUCCACUUUACGCUCGAGAGGAAGGACAAGAAAAGGACACAGAAAGAGCAAACCCACGACUUAGAGGGUGCCGACUGUGCUGCUAAGCAAGGGAAGAAAGUAAAUGAUCACAAAGCAACUGCAGGUAAAUCCUCCAACACUAACAAAGGUUCAAACAUACCUAAACAACCAUCCCGGGCAGUAAGCUUACCUGUGAUCUUCAGAGGAAGGACUGUGAUCUACAUGCCUGAUAUGUUGAAAAAGUCCAAUAAUGCCAGCCUUUCUUCAAAGAAAACAAUGCCCAAGAACAACACCUCCAGCAAAAAUCCUAACCAGACUUUUAGGUCUCGAAGCUUGCACAGACCUGGACAAACAACAGAGAAAGCUGACACAACCCUGCCAAAACGAAGCGUAACUCCACCUGCAAGAAUACCAAGGGGCCCUUCUAGGGGAUCAUCAAGGAACUCAACACCAUCCAGGCAGCCCCAGAGGAAUUUAACCACAUCGGUACAGUCCAAUAAGCAAGGAGCAAAUGUAACAAAAACCAGCAUAAAUAAAAUUGACCAGAAACCGAGACCACACGUCAUUUCCUUGCCUUCCACUCCAAAUAUUAGGUCUCCAUCAACAGGGAAAGUCAUUCGAAGGUCACCAGUCCAAACAUCGAACAGUCAGGUACCAUGCAAGCAAGUAACUCCAGUGAAAAAGCUGCCGACCUUUCAAAGGAAUGGUACUGCUAUGCCGAAUAAGAACCAAGAUUCGAAGAAGGUCAUGCCUCCAAACAGGCUGGACCUGGUGAGGAUGUCCUCAGCAAAGUCGAGUGGCAGUGAAUCAGAUAAGUCCAACUUUGUGCGCCAGCUGACAUUCAUCAAGGAGUCCCCUGGCCUUCUCAAGAGGCAGAAGUCUGAAGCUUCUUCAUCUGAGUCGGUCUCAUCAUUGUCUCAGUCUGCAUCACCAAGGAGAAGCAAAUCAGAUUUUCAGGCAGCUGUCUUGCGUUCUACACAGUGCCAGGGCCUAAAGGUUGCUAAACCAGUCUCUAACAUGAACGUGAAUGAACGGAAGGCCGUGUGUAAAGAAUCGGCGCUCCGGAAUGAGAAGUUGUCGCGGAGACCGAGCUCAGAAAGCCCCUCGAGGCUCCCUGUGAAAAACAGUGCGGCCUGGAAGAAUGAGCACUUUAAACGGUAUUCAUCGUCCCCUCACAUCAACGUUUUACAGCGGGCAGCAAGUCCAUCUUCCAUUCGCUCGGCAUCAUCAGAAUCCAGUGACAAGACCAGGAGCGAAGAGGAACCUCGAAGAGCUGAGAGACUUGCCAAACAAAACGAACAACAACUGAGAAAGAAUCAGCCCAGCUUAAAGGGAACAUGGCGAAGAAUCAAAGAUGAAGACAUUCCAUAUUUUCUCAGCAACUCUCUCCCACCUUCUGCAAUGGCACUGGUAAAUAAAUCAGAAUCUGAGCCGCUGCCAGGCAAAAUGGGAGCCAUGGAAACGAGAACCAGUGAUGCUUUCGUACAGACUGAAGAUUUUCCAAUUACAAAAACAAAUUCAAGCACAUCACCUACAUUGGACCUUGUCCCUCACCUUCAACAAGCUAUUCCCAGGAAUAUCAGGAGCAGGCCAUUUAUUGGGAAAAGCUUAGAGACUAUAUAUGGUAUCCACUCAGCCGAACAGGAAUCUGAUGCAGUGUUACUUAUGAGGAACAAUAUAACCACAUCCUCUGAGACUGAGAGCCACACUACAGCCCCAAGUCAUAUGCAUUUCAAUUCUAGUCGACAUGGUUCUCCAAGUAGAGCUGCUCGAGUGACUCCUUUCAAUUAUAUACCCAGCCCCAAGACAAUAAAGUCAGACAGUGGAUCUCUCCAGCCACCUCAGAUUCGAGCACCUAUUAUUAAUGAGAAAACAGUGGCUAAGGUGCAAAGCUGAAAGCCAAAUAGAAUAAUGGCUUAAGUACUUGAUUGUUUUGCAUUUUUUCACUUUGAGUGGUAAAAUCUAUCAAUGGUGCAUUCAUCCAUAAAUGUACGCCAAGCACAGCUUUAACUGAGGUACAAAUGCAUGCAUCAUAUACUUUAGUUCUACCAUCACCCAUCUUAUUAUGGAUUAUCAAUUGACUAGAAGACGUUACAAGGUGAAGUAGCUCCACCUGUGACAUUAUCUACAAAAUUAACACUCAUCUGUCACUACUAGUUGACUGCAACAAAUGGUGAUACACAGCAGCAAGUGAUUCAUUUGCACUUGUGAAUAUAAGAAAAUGCAUUGUUCCAAGGAUAAGGUGUCAUGCAAACUUUGAUCAGUCUCAUCUCAAGCUGGCCUCUGAAAAUAUUAGUUAACUAGUUAGGUGGCUAACACACAUGAUUAAUCAGAGAUUCUGAGGAGUUCAUAAUUGAGUUCCCUCCAGGAACAAAGAUAAUUAAAAUCUAUAUAUAUCUAUAUAUAAAGCUAAUCAUAUUUGUAAAUGUCCAAUAAUUGUUGCAGAUUCAAUGAAUAUUUCAACUUAUAUUAACAAUUUUUGAAGGACCAAUGUAUCUAUAAUGAAUUUGUUUGUCAGAUAAGAUCAAAGUUAACUCAGAAAAAAAAACUUAGGUUUGCCAAAUACAUCUGUACCAUUUGAUUACUGGAGAACUAAUAUUAUUGGAGAACUAGUUAAAGAAUUAGUCUUUUCCAGCCAGGGCUGUAGAAGUGGAAGGAGGGAAAUGAGGAGUGAGCACUCUGUUUGACCUCAAUAGAAGCCUACACUUGCCUCCUCUUACAAGGUGGCACUUUCUGACCGGGCAGCUUACAAGUGCAGGACAAACAAACUCAGAGCAAAUACUGAAUUAAAACAUUAAUAAUUUGUUCCAUGCCCAUAAUCAACAGACAAUCAUUAACACGCAAAAACAGGAUUCUAAAAGGACCCUAUCAAUUUCCAACCAUGACUACUUAAGUUUUUUAAUGAAACUUACUUCUUGUGAAUUUAUUUAAGGUGUUUAAUUGAGGUUUUUCUUUUCUUUAUGUCUAAUGUUACGAAGUUGUAAGGAUUGGUCACAGGAUUGGACCUGUAUGAAGCUUUAACAGAUUCCUUAUCUAACCCAGAUAGCAAACUGUUUAAGACUAUAAGACCUGGAGCAGAAUCAAAGCAUUUGGCUCAUCAAGCCUGCUCCACCAAUCCAUCACGGCUGAUUUACUAUCUCUCUUGACUCCAAUCUCCUGCCUCCUUCCUGUAACCUUUGAUGCCCUUGGCUUAGUACUAGCAGGGGUUAAAGAUCUUGUGGUACAAGGAAGAGCCUAACAUUGCCAAAGCAGAUAAACAGAAUGCUCAUGUCUUGCUGAAUGCAAAAUGGCUUGCUUACUCAGGGUUCACUGCACUUCAAACUAAUUAACUGCGUGUGAUCUGAGAGACCAUAAUAAGGCACUAAAAGAACAGUUUUUAUUUUCUUAAGCAAUUUAGCGCAGAUAAUUAAGAUAAUUACAACCCAACACAUUUGAAUGGAAAGUACCAUACUGAAUGCAUUUUGUUCCCAAAUUUAAUCUGCAUUUAUAUCACACUGAAGAUGGUGUAAAGUCAGUGGUCCAUAGAAUCUUGUCAGCUUUUGUUCAGUUAAACUACUCAAUUCAAGGACUUAUCUUGUAUCUUUAUCAUUAAUAUGUACAGCAAAACUGCAGCAAUGGUAUCAUUGAAAAAGCUUGUGUUUUCCUAGGGAUAAUGUAACAGGAUCAAUUUCACUCAAUUUAAAUGAAUGCAAAGGCCAUCAUCUUUAUUAAACCAAUACCCGUAUCUUUUAUACACUCAACACACUUAGUUUACUGGAAUAUUACAUGCACAAAGUAAGCUUGGAUCAUUGGCUAUUUUAACAGUAGUUUAUUGCCCGUAGUGCAAAGAUACACACAUUAUGGGAAACUACUUUGAUCUGUGGAUAAAGAGAAUACUUAGGGUUAAUAUCAUCUCUGCUGAUGUUCUCCAUUGACUUCCACGAGAAUUUAAUUCUACACUCAGUGACCACUUUAUUAAGCACACCUUCUUAUUAAUGCAAAUAUUUAAUCAGCUGAUCGUGUGGCAGUAACUCAAUGUAUAAAAGCGUGCAGAUAUGGUCUAGAGGUUCACAUCAAAUGUCAGAAUGCAGAAGAAAUGUUAUCGAAGUGACUUUGACUGUCGAAUGACUGUUGGUGCCAGACGGGGUGGUUUGAGUAUCUCAGAAACAGUUGAUCUCCUGGGAUUUCACACACAACAGUCUCUGGAACUUACAGAGAAUGGUGUGAGGAACAAAGAGAAAAGAAUCCAGUGAGUGGCAGUUCUGUGGGUGAAAACAUAUGGUUAAUGAGAGAGGUCAGAGGAUAACAGUUAAAUUGGUUCAAGCUGACAGGAAGGUGACAGUAACUCAACUAAUCACGUGUUACAACAGCAGUGUGCAGAUGAGCAUCCCUGAAUGCAGAACAAGUCAAACCUUGAAGUGGAUGGGCUACAGCAGCAGAAGACUAUGAACUUACAUUCACUGGCUGCUUUAUAAGUACAGGAGGUACCUGAUAAAGUGGGGCCACUGUUGUAUGUUUCCACUGCAUUCUUGCCCAAGUGACUCCCUUCCUGUAUAAGUGUAUGCAAUGAGAGCUGUAAUGGCAUCACAGUAGAGUCCAAUUUACUUGUACCGAAUGUUCAGAAUUAACCAGUAUUUCCUUGUUCACUAAUCAUAAUGUAUUAACAUUCAUUUGUGAAUGAAAUCAUUCUUCAUAAAACUGUACUUCCUGUUACAUUUUGUCAUUUUUAUGUCAAUUCUAUUCCAUAUUUAUUUCAGAAUUAUACUGUAAGCUGCCUACAUAAACCAGUCAAUGUCCUUAAGACUGCCAUUAAUGGUGAAGCUGUAGCCAUUUGAUUUUCAUGUGUCUCAGCUUGUGUUGCAGGAAUUUUUUUAAGGCGACCAAAUCCAUUUCUUUUCUUCCAAAUGUUCUGUGACACUACAAGUACUACCAGUUGUCAUACGAAUACAAGAAUGGAAUGUGUUUAACAUGUAUAAAUAUCAGAUCUGGGCACUUGUCCAACUGUCACUGUCCCACUUCACUGGAAUAUUGCUACUUAACUCUAUAGGAGAUAAAGUUGUUGGGGGGAAAAAGUGAGCUGUAGAUUUCUAUUUCUGUGUCUGGUUUCAAAACAGCUCGAUGUCAUACUUUUAUUAAGGACAGCAUUUUUCAAAGUCAAAAUCGAUUACCUGGAUAUUCAUAAAUGGUGAUCUUUGUUUGAAUAUAAGUCACUUAAAACUUGCCUUCCUUAACAUGUUAUGGAAAUCCUAGGCCUGUCGAGUUCUUUAAGUUGGCUUCAAUGGCAAUGGAACUGAAGUCUUUAAAUGUAUGAUUGGUGUUUAUCUUCAACCUUUAGAGAGAAAAAGCUCAUUUUGAAGGACAAAAUUUCAUCUUCGACGCAGGCAUGACUGACACAUUGCCAAUUAUGUACAGUACAAGUAUUACGUGUGUUUUUCGUUGGUAUAACAAAUACCAGACCCAGGCAGAAAAAGUAUUUAAAUGUUGUGCAAACAGAAUGAAGAUGGCAUUGUUUGGCUACUGAGGAAGCCAUUGGGUUAAUGAAAUCCCAGGACAACACCCAAUGCUUUUUUAUCACUGCCGUGGCAAAGGACUUUUACUGAACAAAUAUGCAAAUAGGUACUUUUGCAUAUCAGAAAAUUGUGGUGUAUAUAUUUAUAACAGUCAUGUAUUUCAAUUGUUUGUCUCAUUAAAAAUAUA